AUGGAGCCGGCAGACACGGACAGCAAAGAGGAGCAAGCGCCCCAGAGGCUCACGGAGGACGCGAGGAGCCCUUGCGGCUCCCAGGUUCCCCAGGCCUCGGGCGACUCCUCGCAAGCGGCCACGUGCUCCCGCGAGCCCCCUGGGCAGCCCCUGCAGCUGCGGCCCCUGCGUGGCAGAACCUCAGGCUGUCAGAGCCCCUGCAUCCUGCCAGGAGCCUCUGCAAUCUCUGACAGCCUCCACCCCUCGCAGAGGCUCAGUGAGACCUGUCAGCCUGCAGAAGGUGCAGAGCCCGUGGACAGGUCUCCCAGCUCCCUUGGACUCGCGGACUUCAACAACACGGGCCCAAUCCUGACCAUUGACGUGGCAGGGGAAAGCCCAGAAGUCCAAAUGGGAGCCCAGCCCGAUGCAGGGGAGCCGUCUCAGGAGAAGCUGGCGGAGCAGCAAGCGUCCUGGAGCCGGCAGUGGUCAUCCCACAGCGGCCAGGACGCUGUGCCGGUUGUGCCAGCUGGCGACAGCUCGAGCCUGGUGGUGGAGACCAGCCUCCAGACACCAAGGAGGUUCCUCCAUCUCCAGGAAGCUGCCCCAAGAGAGCCCUCGACUGCCAGGAAGGGCUUUCUAAUAGCAGCUGCUCCUGGGACGCCCCUGUGUGAAGCCUCGGGCUGUAGCCCCGGCCCUCGUCAAGAGGAGAGUCCAGCCCACGACGCCGGGGACGACGACGGUGCCGCCCUGCCCCGCUGCACUGGAGCUCCUGCAGCCGCCUGUGCGCGUGGCCCUGGCCCAGCUCUGCCGCUCGCCGGCCCGUCGGCCGCCGGGCGGCAGCCACUGCCCGGCGCGCAGCAGGAAGCAGGGCAAAAGAAGCAGCUGCAGGAGCUGUACCAGCUGGGCCCGCAGCUGGGCAGCGGUGGCUUCGGCACCGUUUUCUCGGGCAUCCGCCUCUCCGAUGGGAGCCCGGUGGCCAUCAAACGUGUGGCCCGGCAGAGCGUCCUGCAGUGGGUCGAGCUGCCCGACGGCACCCGCGUGCCCAUGGAGAUCGUGCUUAUGGAGAAGGUGGGCUCUGACUGCCACAACAUCAUCCAGCUCCUCGACUGGUUUGAGCUGCCUGACAGCUUUGUGCUGGUGAUGGAGCGUCCGGAGGCAUCGCAGGAUCUCCUGCAGUUCCUGCAGGAGCACGAGUUCCUGUGCGAGGAGAUGGCGCGCUGGCUUUUCUACCAGGUGCUGGAGGCCGUGCGGCACUGCACCGCCUGCGGCGUCCUGCACCGGGACAUCAAGCCAGAGAACCUCCUCGUGGUCCCGGAGAGUGGCGACCUGAAGCUCAUCGACUUCGGUUGCGGCACCUUCCUCCAGGAGCAGGUCUUCACGCGGUUUGCCGGAACGCACGCGUACAGCCCGCCCGAGUGGAUCUGCCUUGGCUGCUACCACGGCCAUGGGGCGACCGUCUGGUCCCUGGGCGUGCUGCUGUACGUCAUGGUCUGCGGGAGCCUCCCCUUCAGGGACGACCAUGACAUCGUGCUGGGGCAGCUCUUCUUCUGGCAGCAGGUCUCUCCAGAGUGCCAACAUCUGAUCCAGUGGUGUUUGGCCAAGCACCCUGAGGACAGGCCAGAGCUGGAGGAGAUCUUGCGCCACCCUUGGGUGCAGGGCAGGCGUUUUUGAUGCCUUGCCGGAGCCUCUGCAGCACCCGCUUUCCGAGUCCCACGCAGGACUGAGGACCCCACAAAUAAAACAACAAAUCCAA